GAUAUACUCAGCGAUAAGACCCUUCAAUACAGCACAAUACUGACCGAUACCGACGCUGCCACUCCAGACGCACACAGCGCACUUUGCAUCCCAGCUAUCGUCGAGACCCGCUUCUUGCAGCCAGUAAAGGCGAUAAGGCACUCAACUUCCAAGAUGGCAUCUUCUAGACAUUGGAAUGGUGACCCUCGAGCAUUCAUCAACGCUCCUCUGGUCGAUUCGACACUAUUGGAACCGCUCAUCGACGAACCCGUGGUUGUGGCCAGGGGACAUUCCACAGGUGGAGACAGUUUCUCUGUCAACUUGGAGACAUCUACCGGCGACAUAGCGAUACACAUCAGUCCACGCUUCCACGAAGGAGUAACUGUCGUAAACACGCUUACCAGAGGUGUCUGGGGAGUCGAGAAAAGGUGUCCCCUCCUCGUCGACAAUGGAGAACACUUCGUUUUCAAGAUCAAGGCGAAGGGAUUUAAGUACGAGGUGUCCAUCAACUCGAUGCCUUUGACCACCUUCGAGAGCAACGCACAUUGUAGAAGGGUAACGGCGAUCACUGUCUAUGGAGCCGCAAGGCUGCGCAGAGUGAACCAAUACAGGGAGAACUGUGAACCAACGAAGCAAAUAUACAACUAGCAAAAUGC